AUGAAGCCCUUUCGCCAAUUGGCCCGCCGCCAGGCCCUCUCUGGGCUCGCGACUCCUCGCAUCCUCUCGUCCCAGAUCGCCGCCACCAGCCGUUUACGGCUACGGAAUUUCAGCUCGACUGCGUCGGUGGCUCAAUUGGCAGCUUUGGACCCUUCAAAGCUGACAGUGACCAAGACUCAGUCUCCUAAGAAGCUCACGCCUCCUAAUGAGCUGGUUUUCGGCAAGACCUUCACCGACCACAUGGUAUCAGUCGAGUGGACAGCCACCGAAGGCUGGCACAGCCCUCGCAUCAUACCCUAUCAGAACCUCAGCCUUGAUCCCUCUACUUGCGUGUUCCAUUAUGCUUUUGAAUGUUUCGAGGGAAUGAAGGCAUACAAGGAUAAGAACGGUGGCACUCGGUUGUUCCGUCCGAAUAAGAACAUGGAGCGCUUGAACAAAUCCUCCGCCCGCAUUGCUCUCCCUACAGUUGACGGUGAUGCUCUUACGAAAGUAAUUGGAGAGUUCGUGAAGCUGGAUGAUCGCUUUAUUCCGGACAGACCCUUGGUGUUGGUCCCCCCUGGAUCUGCUCUGCUAUUCGUCAUUGCCAGCCCAGUCGGUCCCUACUACCCCACUGGGUUCAAGGCAAUCUCGCUUGAAGCUACCGAUUAUGCUGUCCGUGCUUGGCCUGGUGGUGUCGGGGACAAAAAGUUGGGUGCCAACUAUGCCCCAUGCAUCUUGCCCCAGCUGGAGGCUGCCUCGCGGGGGUUCCAGCAGAACCUUUGGCUCUUCGGCGAAGAGGAGUACGUGACCGAGGUCGGCACAAUGAAUCUUUUCGUUGCACUGAAGAACAAGGAAACCGGUAAGAAGGAGCUUAUCACUGCUCCCUUGGAUGGCACUAUCCUCGAGGGUGUAACCAGAGACUCGGUGCUUGCACUCGCUCGAGAGAGAUUGGAGCCCAAGGGCUGGACCAUUUCCGAACGCAAGAUUCGUAUGUCCGAAGUCGCGGAAGCUUCUCAAGAGGGCCGAAUGAUUGAAGUCUUUGGAGCUGGUACAGCUGCUAUUGUCAGCCCAGUGCGAAGCAUUAGCUACCGUGGUAAACUUGUGGACUGUGGUCUGAAGGAGAACGAGGAAGCGGGCGAGAUUGCCCUUCAGAUGAAGAACUGGAUCGAGGAUAUCCAAUAUGGUGAUGAGCCGCACCCAUGGAGCUACGUCGUUUGA